CUUAAGGCUGCUCAUAACUGGGCAGUAAAUAAAGUCUCUGCACCACUUCUGGGCUGCACGUGUGCAGAGGCAUGGCCUGUCCUGCUGCCUGCCCAAGGGAACACCUUUUUUUAUUAUUUGGAGUCUGACAAGGAGGUUUUGCGUCUGUAGUUAAACAAAUAGCAUCAGAAAUCAUCAAGUAUUUGGGUACUGAAUACAACCAAAAUUUAUCAAGUGGAGAGCUUCUGUUGUGUUUAUCUCAACAAAUCCCUUAAUUAGAACCUGGCAAGUCUGCAGCACUGGAGCAUUGGCUGGAGAGCAUGGGAUCCGGUAGUUCUGUAGAAGUCAAGUACAAGUACUCCCUGCAGAAGUCUGAAAAUGCUUUCAAGGCAGCUGUCUUGAUCCAGCAGUGGUAUCGGCGCUACAUGGCUCGGCUGGAAAUGCGACGCCGCUGCACCUGGAGAAUCUUUCAAUCCAUUGAGUAUGCCUGCGAGCAGGAUCAGAUCAAGCUUCACAACUUCUUCAGUUACCUGAUGGACCAGUUCACACCAAGCAGCAGCAAAGAGAGGGAUUUUAUCAGUCGCAUGUUCAUAAGUGGAGAAAGUUACAAAGAGGCAGAGCUGGAAAAAUACUGUGACUAUGAAUCCAUAGAGGUGCCAGACUCCUACACUGGACCCCAUCUCUCUUUCCCACUUCUCCCUGACCAUGCCACGGCCUUGCUGGAAGCUUUCCAACAGAAACAACAGCUCCACGCUCGCUAUGUCUUAAACCUCCUGCAUGAGACCAGGAAGCACCUCAAGCAGUUGCCAAACAUCAGCCAUGUCUCCACCUGCUACAGCGAGGAGGUCACUGUUUGCGGAGACUUGCAUGGCCAGCUGGAUGACUUGUUCCUCAUCUUUUACAAGAAUGGCCUUCCUUCCCCUUCCAAGUCCUACGUGUUCAAUGGGGACUUUGUAGACAGAGGCAAGCAGUCCCUUGAGAUCCUUGUUAUCCUCUUUACCUUCCUCCUGAUCUAUCCCAAGGAGGUUCAUCUCAACCGCGGGAACCACGAGGACCACAUGGUGAACUUACGCUAUGGUUUCACCAAGGAAGUGAUGCAGAAAUACAAGGUGCAUGGGAAGAAAAUCUUGAGGAUGUUUCAAAAUGUCUUCUGCUGGCUACCCCUGGCCACCCUGAUUGAUCAGAAAGUCCUCAUUAUUCACGGGGGCAUCUCUGACACCACUGACCUGAACAUGCUUGAGAAAAUUCAAAGGGACAAAUUUAUUUCUGUGUUAAGGAUGAAGAAAAGGAAGGAGUCGAGUAGAAAACCAGAAAUACCGGCCAUAAAUGGGGAGAGCAAAUCAGACACUGAGGCAGCUCCCGGGUUAUCUCUGCAGCCCCAGUCAGCACAAGCUCCCAGCACAGCCAAUAGGCUGGAGUUCUCCAGGUGGCUCCGGCAGACGGUGCAGGAGCAAAUUGACACGUGCCGCCGGCUGAUGGACAUCAGCGAGUCAGAGCCAGAGGAGCUCACCUAUUCCAGCAUGGUCUCCUUGAAGGACGUGGAUGGGCCAUGCUGGACUCGCCAGGAGGAGUGGAAGCAGGUUUUAGAUCUCCUCUGGAGUGACCCCAUGCCUCAGGAGGGCUGCAGAGAAAAUAAGGUGCGAGGUGGUGGCUGCUACUUUGGGCCUGAUGUGACGGAGAAGUUCCUUGCGAAGUACGGCUUGCAGUUCCUGAUCCGCUCUCAUGAGUGCAAGCAAGAAGGCUAUGAGUUCUGUCACAACCGCAAGGUGCUGACCAUCUUUUCAGCCUCAAACUACUAUGAGAUUGGCAGCAACAGGGGAGCCUAUGUGAAGCUGGGACCAGACCUCAUCCCCCACUUUGUUCAGUACCAAGCAAACAAGACAGCCCAUAUGCUCACUAUGACCCAAAGAAUCAGCAGAGUAGAGGAGUCAGCCUUUCGAGCUUUGCGGGAAAAGCUGUUUGCUCACACCUCAGCCCUCAUCAGUGCCUUCAAGGCCUAUGACAGGGACAAUACAGGAAGGAUCACUCUGAGCAACUGGGCAACAGCAGUGGAGUCAGUGCUGAGGCUGGGACUGCCCUGGCGAAUGCUGAGGCCACAGCUGGUGUGCAGCACCAAGGACGGCAUGCUGGAAUACAAAUCCUGGCUGGAUGACCUGGCCAUGGAGCAGAGGAGCCAAGAGCACAUCCAGUCGAGCUUGCUGGAAGUCAUUUAUCGAAACAGAUCCAACUUGGAGACCAUAUUCAGGAUCAUAGACAGAGACCAUUCAGGUCUCAUCUCCUUUGAGGAAUUCCAGCAAACCUGGAAGCUGUUCAGCUCACACAUGAACAUUGAACUCACGGAUGAUGGCAUUAAUGACUUGGUUCGCAGCAUUGAUUUCAACAAGGAUGGGAACAUUGACUUCAACGAGUUCCUGGAAGCCUUCCGCCUUGUCAAACAGUGCCCAUCGUGAGAACCUGCUGAGGGCUGCCAUGUCCAAUGCCUUGCUUUCUACAAAGCCAGGACUGUCCAACCUAACCCAGAGUGUGCCUGCAGAUGCCAAGCAGGGAAAAGGAAGGCUUAAAACAGACAUCACUGUAGGCAACAGCUGUGACCCAUCUGGGGAAGGUAACAGAUGAAAUAGAGGAGCUGCACUUCAACUGACUGGUUUUUAAAGAAGCUGUAUUUUAAGUAGUUUCCUGCUCAAAGGGAAGAUGCAACUUAGCUUCUCUUGUCAAUGUGAUGAAAUGUUACAGGUAUAUUCAAGAGCAGUAAAGGGGAAGUAAAGGUAUUACUUGUAGGCAGUGUUCUGAGGACGUAGCACCUGUUUGAUCACAGCUUUCCUUUUAAUAAACCAUUUUUUCUAGA